AUGUCGAUGGCAACUUUCAGUGGAAAACGGUACUUCGUGACAUUCAUUGAUGACAAGUCAAGAUACUGUGUCGUCUAUCUGCUCAAGAGCAAAUCUGAAGUUGCGGCGAAGUUCAUGGAAUACGCUGCGAUGGCCGAAACGCAAACCGGAAAGCGCGUGAAGUACCUUCAAAGCGACAAUGGGGGUGAAUACAAGUCCGACAAGCUGGCACGAUUCUGCGCGGAACGGGGAAUACAACAAAGGUUCACACCCCCAUAUACUCCUCAGCUAAACGGAGUAGCUGAGAGAAUGAAUCGCACGCUGGUCGAGUGUGCGCGUUGCAUGAUGGAACACGCUGGACUGGAAAAGAGCUACUGGGGUGAAGCAGUGAUGACGGCGAUGUUUCUUCGAAACCGCUGUCCAACACGUGCCAUUCACCAAGACAAGUCUCCAUAUCAAGUGUGGACGAUGAAGAAACCGAUUCUGGCCAACCUUAAAGUGUUUGGAUGCCACGCGUAUGUUCAAGUGCCUCAAGACAAACGCGCGAAGUUCGACUCCAAGUCAUCACUCUGUCGUUUCCUGGGAUACGCCGAACACCAGAAGUCAUAUCGAUUUGAGGAAGUGUCAACAGGAGCGAUCAAGAUCAGUCGCGAUGCCACAUUCAUGGAAGACAAGUUUGAUGAAGGUCCGCGCAACUACAACGAUGAGUCAAGUGUCGUUGAGUUUGAUGAUCAUGAUGAGGACGAAGAAAAAGAAGAAGGUAAAACUGACGACGACAUGGACUCGAGCGACGAUGACAACGAAGACACCAGGUCUUCGAAGAGCAACAUCAAGAGACACACGCGCACUCAAUCACUUGAGAAAGCUACCGUCAUUCCAAGUCCCAAGCGAAGAACAUACAGAGGUCCGUCGCUUGAGCAUGUGUCAGCGGCUGCAAUGGAUUUUGAAGCAGCCUACAUCGUUGAUUCAGUGGGGGAAACGCCGACUACAUUCAAGUCGGCGAUGGAAUCAAGCGACUCCGGCAAGUGGAAAGAAGCGUGUGACUCGGAGUUCGAUUCGCUUCAGAGAAACGAGACGUGGGAAAUCGUGCCUCUUCCGAAAGGUCGCAAGGCCAUCGGGUGCCGAUGGGUUUUUCGUGUAAAGGAGAAUCAAGAUGGCGAAGUUGAACGUUUCAAGGCAAGACUUGUGGCCAAAGGAUUCUCACAGAAAUUCGGAGUUGACUAUGAAGAAACUUUCGCACCGGUGGCCAAGUUCACAUCGAUUCGUGUGGUGCUCAGUAUGGCGGCCAAGUACGGCCUAAUGCUACAUCAGAUGGACGUCAAGACAGCGUUUCUUAACGGCUCCCUCAACGAAGACAUCUACAUGGACCAGCCGGACGGAUACCUGGAUGCAACACAGCCGGACUAUGUGUGCAAGCUAAAGAGAUCACUCUACGGCUUGAAGCAAUCGCCUCGCAUGUGGAACCAAACAAUCGAUGGGUUCAUGAUCAAGAUGGGAUUCAAGAAGUGCGAAUCGAACCACUGCAUCUACAUCAAGCGAGACGACCAAGACAUGAUUCUCGUGGUGCUCUACGUCGAUGAUCUCAUCCUGGCCAGCAGCAACAACGAACUCCUCAAGUCAACCAAGAUGGCGCUGAGCAAACGCUUCGAAAUGACGGAUCUCGGUGAGCUCGAUUACUUUCUCGGCAUGGAGAUCAAGAACGACCGUAAGACGGGAAUGGUGACUGUACAACAAACCAAGUUUCUCAAGUCCGUGUUAACCAAGUUCGGAAUGGAUAACAGCAAGCCAGUGAAGACGCCUCAAGAUCCCGGCCUGAAGCUAACCAAGAACAUGUGUGAACAAGAAUGCAAGCACGAAGACACCAUGUGCAACGUGCCAUAUCGAAGUGCUGUCGGAGGCAUCAUGUAUCUCAUGGUCGCCACACGUCCGGAUCUAGCUGCUGCAGUGGGAUCAUUAUCCCAGUUCUCGUCCGACCCAUGCCCGACUCACUGGCAAGCUUUGAAGCGUGUGCUGAGAUACCUGCAAGCAACGCCCAAUCAUGGUCUUGAGUUUACACGUGAAGAAGGAAGCCGUAUCUGCGGGUACACCGACGCAGACUGGGCCGGCGACAUUGAGUCAAGACGAAGUACAAGCGGCUAUGUGUUCAUGAUGAGCGGAGGAUGCAUCAGCUGGAAAAGCCAGAAACAACGGACGGUCGCGCUAUCUUCAACAGAAGCAGAAUACAUGGCGCUUUCCGAAGCAACCAAAGAAGCAGUAUGGCUCAAAGUGCUUUUGGGGGAACUUGGUGAGAUGACAAGCGACGAAGCGAUCAAGAUGUAUGAAGACAACCAAGGAUCAAUCGCUCUCGCCAAGAACCCGGAGUUCCAUAAGAGAACAAAACACAUCGACAUACGCUACCAUUUUGUGCGUGAGAAGGUGGAAUCAGGUGAAGUCGUUUUGGAGUAUUGCCCGACUCAAGAUAUGCUGGCAGACAUGAUGACCAAGCCGAUCGCCGCUGUACAAUUUGAAAACAUUCGCGAUCGACUUGGGAUCCAAGGUGCCGCAGCCAACGAGUCGAGAGGGAGUGUUGAAAAGACAGCGGCUGUGAAGAAGACACCUCGUCAAGCUGCGUCAAGUGUUGAAGCAAGUGGAAGACCAAGCUUCGCUAUACCGGUGGGUACCGGUAUGUACCAGUAA